AGGGGAAGCCGGCUUCCCGGCUCCCGGCUGCACUGAAGCCGGCGUGGAGUGGACGCCGAGGGCCGUGGGAAGUCUGUUGACCCGAGAAAAGCCAAUUUGUUUCAUGGAUGAUGGCAUUUGAGCAGAUACCCAGAAAGGAUUGGUACAGCAUUCUAGGCGCAGACCCAUUUACGAGUGUGUCAGACCUAAAAGAAAAGUAUCAAAAACUCAUUUUAAUGUAUCAUCCAGACAAACAAAGUGCAGAUGUGCCAGCAGGAGCAGUGGAGGAAUGCAUACAAAAGUUCAUUGAAAUUGAUCAGGCGUGGAAGAUUCUAGGAAAUGAACAGACAAAAAAAGAGUAUGACCUGCAACGGCAUGAAGAUGAUCUAAGAAAUAUCGGACCAGUGGAUGCGCGAAUAUGUCUUGAAGAUAUGUCCUGGAAUAAAGAUGAUUGCUCUUACUUUCUGAGCUGCCGAUGUGGUGGAAAAUAUAGUGUUUCCAAGGAUGAAGCAAAAGAUGUUAACCUGAUUUCCUGUGAUACGUGUUCACUAGUUAUAGAACUCCUUCACUCUACCUGAAAUUAGCCAUUACGUGGAACCCUAUAACUAUGUAUUCAGACAUGUGGAGGAGUGUGUAGCCAAGCAAAUAUAAAGCUUAAAUGUUUAUGCUAUCUAUGUUCUUACAAAAUAAGAGAUGAUGUAGCAAAGCCACUUCAGAUUAAUAGAAAAUUUAGUAAUUUGUAUUUAUUUACAAUUUGUACUUACAGACUAACCCCCACAAAAAUACUUAGAUUAGGGAUUGUAUUUUGUUAAUUUCCAUUUGAAAACGUAAUUAGUUUCCUGUUUCCUCUGCUCAACAAAAAUUCUUUUUCCUCUUGUUUUAGUAGUAUAUUUGUUUGCUGAGAAAAUAGUUGGUUUCUACCUGCUAUCUCAAAUUUAGGGUUAUUAGAAUCUUUAUGAAUAACGCGAAUCUAGCUCCUUCAUGAGGAAGUGUGGAUAUAGACAUGUGUGAAGUUAUCUCAGAGUUAAUAAGGCAGGCUGAGUGACGACUGUAGAAAAAGGAUGGCUUUAAAGGCAGAAGACUCAACUCCAUUCCUGGCCUUGUAUUUUUAAACGCCUAUGGCUGUAGUGAAGAGAGUGUGUCCUGAUGGCAGAAUGCACUCACCCAGUGGCUCUGUGGGAAAAAGACCUGAUGAUCAGCUCCGGUCAUGAUUAUGGUUUCUCCAGUGCUGAGGUUGCUCUGCACUCGCAUGCACUCGAUGGUGCCUAACCACAACAGACUGAAGUGUGGAGGGAGCGCUUGGACCUUGCCAUUUCCAGUUUAGAACAGAAUCUUGGAGAUGGAAGCUUUUAAAAACAAGGAUUAAAAAUUUAGAAUGAA